AUGAACCUGAGCAUUUUGGAAUCGGGGACCAACGACAAAGACACUCGCUCUGAAGUUCCAGAUGCGGACCCAGGAUAUGAUGGGGACAUCAACGCCAAGCCUGCUGCUUCGCCAAAAUGCUCGCCCUCUGCUCGCUCUCUGGAGAGGAAAACCUCGGUGGUGUUCUCAGAAGAAGAAGGUUGCAAUCACGAUAAGGUCCUGUUAAUCACUGGUCGAGGUGACAGUAAGGCACCUCAACUGCUCUCUCGCCGUCCAGCGAGCUCGAAGACGCGAAGGACGAUGCAGUCUCCACGAUUUAAGCGAGGAAACCGUACCCCUCAACGGAAGCCUGAUGGGUUCACCAGGAGACAGAUGCCGCCAAGCUCCCCAAACCGAGAUGGCUUCGAUUCUGACAAGGAGAAUUGUUGUGGUGAUGCUGAUGAAGACCCGUUCUUCAAAAAUCGAGCCUUCUCCCCCACUUUGAAGUCACAACAGCUGGGACUGAACUUGAGCCCACGACGGCCCUCCACAGACUGGGGUCUGUCUCCCAGCAAGUUUCCAGUGAAGGCUCUGGACAAGGCUUGCCGAUCUACUUCCUUCUCGGACUGGUUAUCACGGGAUGCGAAGAAGGAGAGCAUCGCCAGCAAGAGUCCCGAGGUUGAUUCAGUCAAGCAACGGAACUGUGACGUUAAGACCACAAGUGGGUCCAUCUCACACAGCUUGUCACCUAAGGUCCGCUCACCAGCCAAGCUGCAGCAGCUCUUACGUGAAGUGGAAUGGGAAGACAUUCCCACAAACACCGACCAGGAUCCGUUCAAGCUGAAUGGCGUGCAUGACCAGCAUUUUGACUCAUUGGCACAAGAGAGGCACCGCAGGUAUCAAAAGCUUCAAGGAACUUCGUCGAAGCAAUUAAUUCCUCGACCCAAGUCCUCCUCUAACCCCUUCCAACGAGCAUUGAGGCGUGUCAAGAUAGCAGGACUAAAUGUCACCCGAGAAAUAUCUAACAUUUCAUCAAAGCUUUUCAAGGCCCCAAAAUUUUUCCCCAUGUUCGGCUCGCGCCAUCUCUCUUUCACCGAUGCCUCCUCCCUCCUCUCCUCCACCGCCGAUUCCGCCGCCGAUUCCCCAGCCGGAGGACUCAACUCCCGCCGUCCCAGCUCCCCGCUACUUAGCGUCUCCAGCGAGCCUGAUAUUGAGCACAGCGGCGGAGGCUCGGGGCAAGCAGGGCGCUCGAGCAGCUACGGCGGAGGGGGGGCUAUGUCCGGGCUAAGCGCGGGGGCCAUGGGGGGAGAGGCUCGGCGCGUGCGCACGCGCAUGCCGCUGGAAAACCAUGCGCCUGUGGCGCCUUCGGAAGGGGGAGUGGCUAUUUUGCGCGGGUCCCUGAACACGGACCUCUCGUCUCUAUCCGCCGCGUCAGCGCUUCUCCCCUACACGCGCGAUUUCAUCUUCCCGGGGGAGCUGCUACAGGUCGUCGUUCACAGGACGCCUAUCGACCCCUUCACCCACCCCUCUUUCUCCGAACCUCCGCUCGCCGAGCUUCCCGGCGAGGCUCGGGACAGCAACGGGCAGCAUCCGUACCACCAUUCCAUACCGUCCGGAGGCUCGGGAGCAGCGAUAGGCGUGAGCGGAAGCGGUGGGGGGACGUGGGGGGAGGAUGCGCGGCGGGGGGUGGGGAUGCGCGCGGGGAAGGGGCGGAUUGGGCGGUCGGGAUUAGGGGGAGAGUCCGGGAGUCCAGCUAAGGGGGGCGCAGGACUUGAGUCCGAUCGUGGGAUGGAGGGAGGUGGGGAAGGAGGGGAAGGGGAGGGCUCCGCUGUGGUAGCUGCAGAUGGGUUGGGUGCGGUAGGGGCGUUGAGCGGCGGAGGGAGGGUGAGCGUGGGAGGGAGGGAGGACGGGGAUGUGCGGCAGCAGAGGACAAACGAGCUGCUGGAGAUAGCAAGGCGGUCGUUGUAUGAUGUGCACUUGAGCGAGCCCAUCCCAGCCACCUCACGGCCACCCAACCAGCAGCAGCAGCAGGCGGGGAGGGAAGCAGCGCAGUCCCCGAGUGCGUAUGGGGUGAUGCCAGUGCCAGCGGACAUUGCAGGAUACGACCCCGCCACAGCAGCAGGGCUGGGCAGGCGCGUUGUCUCCACCAGCUCGCUACCCAACGGGGACGUUGUGGUGCUGCUGGAGCGCCUGCCUCCCAACUCCACCACUCCGUCCCCUGCUGCCGCAGCAAGACCCGCCAUCCCUCUCCCUGCAGUCGCCACCUCUGGCUGGGGUACCCCGUCCGCUUUCAACUUCACCUCUGCCGCUCCCCCGACCCCCUCGGUCGCUCCUAGCACUCCAGUCGGUUUCUCCCUCUCCCUCCCGCGCGUUUCCGCCUCCUCUUCCUCCUCCGGCCUAGCAGCGGUCAGCACUGCUGCCACAACAGGGAAUUCCCCGUCCAAUUCCCCCAAGAAACGCACCUCUUCCACGUUCCGAGACGACGCGGGGGGAGCGGGAGAGCCGCAGAGGUUCAGUGGGAACUGCGGUCGGCUGGGGCCGUUUGUUCCGGGGAGGAAGUGGGUGCGGGGCGUGCGGGUGCUGCAGCCGCUGUGUGUGGAGAGCUACACGGCGGAGUGUGGGCAUGAGGAUGUGAUCUGCGUUAUGGUUGAGAACAUUCUCCCGCGUGAGGGGGCAACAGCGGGCGUGAUUCUCUACGUGGACAGCAUCAGUCUGGAGGCGCGGUCGUCAGUGUCCAUGUCGCUGCAGCAGUCCCUCCCCGUGCACGUCGCCCGCCUCGAGAGCGGCUCCAGCAAAGAGGCCCUCCCAGGCCUGCCCCUGCGGCCGGGCGAGCAGCACUCGUUCAUCAUCACCCCGCAGUGCUCCGGCAACGCACAGAUCGUCAAAGCCCCUUCCGGAGCAAGCAAGGACGCAGGCGGGCGGGGCAGACGACCAGGCGGGGGAGGAGGCGGAGGGGGAGGAGCAGGAGGAGGCGGAGGGGGGAGCGCCAAAGGGGGGCCGUUAACAGGAGGAGGGAACGAGGGCUCGAGCAACUCGCUUGCGGCUGCGUUCUCGUUUGGGCGGUUGACGGAGAAGGCAGCGGUUAUGGAGGAGGAGUCGGAGGGGGAGGACAUGCCGGUGGAUUCAUCUCCCGAGUAUUCGCUCAUCAUCAGCUGCAGCUGCUCGCACACAGCUGCCCAGCUGCGGUACCGUCACCCUCUCGCAUGGCGCCCACGCCCCCCGCGGGACCUGCUCCUCUCCAUCUCCCCAGACAACAUCUCCUCCUCCUCCACCUCCUCAACCUCCUCGUCCAUCCUCCCUGCUUCCACCGAUACCACUGCCUCCUCCGCCUCCUCCUCUGCCGCGUCUGCCUCAGCCUCCUCCGCGCAUGUGCACACUCUCCCGGAUGGCACGCUCGUUGCUGCUCCGCCCUCUUCUGGCCAGUGCUCCAGGCCUCUGACCGUGCGAGUGCGAGUGACCAACCUCACAGCGUCAGACCUCAACCUCACGCUCCUCGCGCCCACUACCCUCGCCGCAACCUCCCUCUCGCGCGUCUGCUUCCCCACCUCCCCGCGCCACUCCUCCAAUCUCCUCACUGCCGAUCCCACCACGGAUCCUUCGCUGCUGGACCAGCCGCAGCAGGGGCAGGGGCAGGGCGGGGAGGAGGGGAGUGAGGACGAGGAGGGGCUCUCCCCUCCCAUGUCGCCGCUGCGAGUGUUCAAGAAUUCUUCCCUUGCUGCCACUCUGGUGCGUGAAUAG